AUGGACUUUGUCAAUGGUGUGAACCUCAGCGACCUUCUCAAGGAUCCCAAUGCCGAGCGCCCCACUAGACUUAUGAGGGAAGAUAUCAGUGAUAGUGAUAUUGAAAUUAUCUACAGGCAAUUGGCGAAUUAUUUGCUUCAGCUUUUCAAGCUUGAUUUUGACCGGAUCGGUAGCCUGCCAUGGCCGGGGGUUGAACCCCAAAUUACACCGGCACGCCCUCUAACUUUCAAGGCACAUAGUAUCCUACAAAAUGGAGGCGUCAAUACCUUUGGCGACCGACACCAUGGGUAUACAACAACAACUGAAUAUUUUCAAUAUGUUGUUGGGCAGGACUGGGAGCAGCUUGUUCAGCAGCCAAACUCUACUGCUGGUUUAUAUGAUGCAAAAAACAAAUAUGUGGCAUUUCAGUUUCUAAAAAUCCUGAUACCAGACUUGGUAAAUGCAAAAUAUGACCAUUGCAAGUUCAAGUUGAUUUGUGAUGAUCUUGGCUUGGCAAAUCUGAUUGUUCGAAGCAAGGAAGACCUCACUGUCAUUGGAGUGGUGGAUCUUGAGUGGUCAUAUAUUGGCCCUGCUCAGCUGUUUGGCUCAGCACCAUGGUGGCUUCUUCAAGACAGACCUGUCAACAGUGCUUGGGAUUGUGAGGAUGAUGAGCCACCCAAGAUUGCUGCCCGAUACUUAAAGUGCCUAGAGUCUUUUAUACAAAUUUUAGAGGAGGAAGAGGGAAAAAUGCCAGGGCAUGAAGAGAGAGAGCUCUCCAGUCUUAUAAAGUGGUCACAAGCAUCUGGAGCCAUGUGGCUGCACAUGCUCCUCUUAUCUGGCUUUAAUGAUUAUUGCAGCUUUCCUUUUACACAACUGCGCCGACACUUUCACACUGAGUGGGUGAAGUGCGAGGAGGAAUCUGACAACACGGAAGCGCUGGAGGCAUUUGCGGCGCGGAAGGUGAGCGAGUUGGAAGAGUAUGAUGAGGCCUUGGAAAAGAGAGAGGAAAUUAAAGCACUUGUCGACUGUGGGAAGAUGACAAAGGAGGAAUUCGUUGCCAGUGCUUUGAUAUCGAAGCCUAGCUCUCUUGCCUGUUCCUUAUUGUUUGUAGCCAACAAUGAGACGAGAAAUGACAAGGGGUUGUUCCAGAAGGUCGCUGCCUGGCUCAGCUUAUGGGCUUCAGAGUUGAGAGAUGCCGCCCUUCGCCGCUGUAGUCCCUCCUCCGCUGUUGCAUCGCGUGGAAAAUGCUCUGAAGAAAAUAAGGAAGUAGAAUUCCGGGGGAAGCCGCUUUGCAGAUCUCAAGAGUCUUGA